GCCCGUGACGCAGGACGCGCUUCUACUAGGCGAGGUGCUGUGUUUCGAUCCUGGUCCAUCAUUGCAGAUGCGAGACCAAGUCCGACCGGUCUUGAGAUGCACACGUUCCGAAGUAAUCGGCUGGCGGUGCGCCAAGUCCGGGAAGACUCCUCCGGGUCGUCGAUUUGCAAGUCUAGCACACUCGGCAUCCCCAGCUCUGGAAAGGAACACUCGCCCGUGAAACUGGGUUGUAAGUACGGUUUCGUUGCCGACAGUCGCUUUCUAAAAUUUCGGAUAGAUUCUUGUACCUUUAAUGAUGUAUUAGCCUCUUUCAUUCCAGUUUAGAAGACAAC